AUGUGUGACGGCGUGUUGGGCAGCAAAGUGACAGCAUCGGCAGCUGCACUCGCCAAAAGAAGACCAAAAAAAAAGGACGAGGGGCGUGUCAGCUUCCAGCUUCAAGGCACAGGUGGAGCCGCAGCAACAAGUCUUACCCCUUCAGCGUGUUCCGGACCCGUGCAACUCGGCAUCGCUGCAGUGGCCGCCGCUAGCUUCAAAUGGGAAACAUGCCCGUUCAUCACCGCAGCGCCACAGCAGACGCUGACGUGCGAAGCCGCACAAUUAACGGGCCGUCGCGGCAACCACAAGGCAGCGGCGCACUUUUUUUUCGUUUCUUUUGGAUUCCCGCCUCUCAUCCAGCAGUAG